UUUAACGGAAUGAACUCGAGCAAACUGAACGAAGUGAACAAAUACGCCGCCAUUUUCUCUUGUGCAUUUCUAUGUCAAUAGUUUACUAAUAUCAAAAUUUUGGUGGGGUUUUAUUGGGGUAAAUUGCACAAUUUUCCCAUAGAUUUAAACAAUUUUUUGUUUAGAAUCGUGUAAAAAGUGAAGUGUGUGAUCGAAAAAAUGCUCGUACGCUAUUUGCAUUAUGUAAUGACGCAUCGAAGAGGCCAAUAAAGCCAUCGAAUAAGAAUCGUGCGUGCGAGCGAGCCGAGCUGUGGCCAACGGCAACAGCAGCAUCAACAUUCGUCCAAAUCGCAACCUGAAGCUGCACCAGCUCAUUUUAUUUCAUAAAGUGUUUAAUUGAAAAAAUUAUAGUGACGAUUAAAUAUUGAGGUCUCUACCUCAGUGCGCAGCCUAUGCUGCCUAAUUAAAAAUUAUCGAGAUCCCCUGUAAGUCCCCAUGCUAGAACAUACCCCUUACACCGUGUAAAAGUUGUUUGUGUUACUGUGUGCACGUUCAAAGACCGAGGAAGUUUCCUCGAACUUUACUCUUGCGAACUUAGCUCGUUCAUACCUGUUUAACGAUAUUAUAAGGGUGAAGCAGAGGAAAGAAAUAAACUACUACGAAGACAAUAGGAAAGAAAACCAACAAAGGAGUUGAAACGUAACCGUUUAGCGAAAUCACUUAUUACAAAGAAAUACACAAACAACGCGCUUUUUAAAUCAACAAUGGCAACCAGUGAUGACGAGCCCAUGCACCUUUAUGAGGUGUUUCAAAAUUGUUUCAAUAAAAUAGCAAACAAACAACCAAGCUCUGGUGGCGCUGAACGAAAUGGCGGCUAUCAAUCACCGUAUGGUGGCCUUGGCAUGGAAAAUGGAAUGUACCCCAAUGAUGACUUCAAUCCUAUGCAUGACGCUGCAGGAGGAAGUAAUCGUUUUGGCGAUGGAGGAGCUGGAGUAAAUCAGUAUUUUGACACAAAUCUUGGAAAUGGCGGUGGUGUGCCACCAGGUGCUGGUGGCGGGCCUGGUGGAGGUUGGUACUCAUCCACUGUAGGGGGCUAUGGAAAUCAAAACUCAUAUCAAAACAAUGGUCCGCUGGAUCCUCAUCACUUAACACCACAGCAACACCAUAAUUCUGAGCCACAACAUCAUGGUAUGGCUGGUGGCAGUGGUAUGGGUGGAGGCCUACCAAUUGAUAGUGUAGGCAUGCACAGUCCAGUGCCUACAUCUCUACCGCCAAUGAGUUCAUUUCGUAGUGGCACCAAUACUAUGCAACAAAUCAGUGGUCCUGCGGCGCAUUCGCCAGCGGCGCUCUACAAUUCCCCACAACACAAUGCCCAACACAACGCUUUAGCGACGGCGAACGCCCAUGGACAUCAUCCUCUAUCCCAUCACAGCCAACAGCACAGUCCAGCGGUGCAAUCUGAUGCCUUUGGAGUAGGCGUUGGUGUCAGCGGGCUGGGUCUAGGACCGAAAGGUCCUUCUGCAACCGCGGGAAAUUCGACUGCCUCUUUACGACAACACAUGUAUAUGACUGCAGCUGCUGCGGCCGCUGCCGAUCAAAGUAUUAGCAGUUUUAGUUCAAACCCUUCGACGCCAGUAAACUCUCCGCCGCCUUUAACGCAAAGUGGUUUAACACAAUCACUGCUCGACAAAUCAGUUGUUGGCAGCACAGGUGGUGGAGCGCCAUGGGGAGCAGUCCUCAAUAGCACUGGGGGUAGUGUAAAUUCCGUUGGUGGAGGAAUGGGAGUUGGUGUUGGCGGUAGUUAUGCUACUGACGUUGGACCAUCCGGUUUGCAUACAAUGGCAGCUGUCUUCCAGGGUGCGCGCAUGGAGGAACGUCUUGAUGACGCGCUCAAUGUGUUACGCAAUCAUUGUGAGCCUGAACUGCUGAGCGGUGUGGGCGCAGCUCUUUCUGCCUUGGAUAACAUGGAUGGUUUAUCUAGUUUUGUGCCAACAUCUCCGCCAUCUCAUAUGGUUGGAGGCGUAGGCAGUACAAGUGGUGUUUCAAAUCUACAUUCACCCCAUGAUGUUCUGGCAGGUAACGGACCAACACUUGAUUCCGUCGGUGGUGGCCUGAAUGGUAGCCAAUCAACAGGACCACAAAUAAAAAUGGAAAGAACAUCAACGGCCACAUCAAGUGCAUCGGGUGCCACAUCGAAGUCAUCGAAAAAACGAAAAGAAGCGGCAGCAGCAGCCGCCGCAACAUCCGCGAUGUCAGCAGCAACGGCCAACUCUGGCGGAGGCGCCUCCACCUCAUCCAUGAGCGGUGCCAUGGGCGGACUUGUUGACGGACCCGAUACCAAACCAACCAGCUCAAUGGAGGCUACACACAACAAUCAGCAAGGAGGGUCAGGGAAGGGCUCAAAACGACCACGUCGGUAUUGCUCAUCGGCAGAGGAUGAUGAUGACGUAGAACCUGCCGUAAAAGCAAUGCGCGAAAAAGAACGACGUCAAGCGAAUAACGCGCGAGAACGGAUACGUAUACGUGACAUAAACGAAGCGUUAAAAGAACUGGGACGGAUGUGUAUGACACACCUAAAAUCGGACAAACCUCAAACCAAGCUCGGCAUACUAAAUAUGGCGGUUGAGGUGAUAAUGACGCUGGAACAACAAGUGCGGGAACGUAAUCUGAAUCCCAAAGCAGCGUGUUUGAAGCGUCGUGAAGAGGAAAAAGCCGAAGAUGGGCCAAAACUUGCCGCGCAGCAUCAUAUGCUACCGCAACCACCGGGCGGUGGUGUCUACGGACAACCGCCAUUACCACAAGUGUCUGUACCGCCAGGCGCCGGCCUACCUGUUCCGCCACCACAAGGCAGUGGUGUGCAAUUGCCACCACAUUUACAGCAACACAAUCAACCGCAACAUCCACAACAAUAGCAGGCGGCAGCAGCGGCAAUAGCAGCAGCUACGGCACUCAUGACUGAACCUCCCAUUUCCCAAUUACCUUACAGUACCCAGCAGCAACAGGAGGCCAUCAAUAAUAGCAGCCACAACAGUGUCAACACAGCCAACGCCAUCGAUUUGGAGCAACAAAUAUUGAGUAACCUUUUCCGGCGCAGGCAUCCACCGCCGCCACCGCCGCCGCCACAUCUACAACAACAACAACACAGUGGAAACAAUGCGCAUGCGCAAUUGCAACCCCAACAUGCACAGCACCAGCAGCUGUAGGCAGGCAGACCUCAUUGCAAUUUUCCCGGUGAAUAACAAUAGUGUUGUACGGUUGUUUGGUUGUUGUACGUUGGUAGUGGUACGCUUACACAUACCAUAUAAUGCACGUCCCUAACACACCAUACCACACCACACUCAUACGGUAGCACAAAGGCACGCACAAAGUAGCGUCACAAUUGUAUAUAAUUGAUAAUUCAGUAAGAAAUAGUGCGUACAUACAUACCUUUCUAUGUAUGUAUGUACAUAUUGUAUAUGAAUGUAGAACUUUUAGUUUUCACUGCUAAUUCUAUGCGCCAUGCUUUUCUGUAAUUAACAAGAGCGGCGCAUAUAUUUUUUUUACUUACUCUUUAUUGCUUUCUUUUAGUUAGUGGUGAUUUAUUUUUAAACUUACACAUACCGUGUGUUGAUUUGUUUAGAAUUUUAUCAACCAGCUAUUUUUUAUGACCAACUUUUUUUAUUAUUUCAUUCUCUACUUGUCGUACAACAACAAAUCAUGUACACUUGAACAUACGACAGCCAUAUUUUUCUAUACCUUUAUAAAUUAAGUAGUAUAAUGAUAAGCAGAUUUUGUAUCGCUUCGUUUGUCGUCCGUUUAUUGAAACUUAAUUGUGCAUAGUUUUAUUAUCCAGCAUAAAUCAAAUCAUUGUCAUACAUUUUUUUAUACUCGCUUUUGAGUAUGUUGUUGCUUUAGGUGAAAAAAAAAACUUUUUUAAAAAAGCUAAAAUGCAAGUGACAAAGUUCAAUUCCCACACUCCACACCUUAAAUAUUAUUUUUUUAAGCAGUAAUGUUAAUAAUUUCCUGAAAAAAGUCUAAACGCUCGGUGAAGAUAACAGUGUAAAGUUAGCAGUUAAAGAUAAUGUUGCCACUUAUUUUAUGAAAGUAAAAGCUGGGACCUAGAUUGUUUAUUGCACAUAAUGCGAAUGUUGAUUAUAGCGACAAGCUAACUCUUAAUAUACUCAAACUGAGCAUUCUGAUUUAAAUUCGUAUUCAAAAUGUUUCAAAAUGCUGAAAAUAAUCGAAAUGCGGCUGGCAACGCCUAAUAAUAUUUACGUUUAGUAAAUUUCUUUCUAAAAAAAAUUGAAGUUUAAAAACUAUAGCAAAUUUGUGGAAUAGUGAAGUGCCAAGUUUAUUUUUCUGUGCUAACGACUUAACCUCACUUCCACCAUCGCUAAUUUUAAUUCGUGCAUUUUUUUGUUUGAAGCUCAAUUUAAGAUUAUUGAAGUUAGUGUCGACACCUAUAAUUAAAUUAAAAAAUCGUUUAAGCUCAAAUUUAACAAUAUAAAGUAAUGCAUAUAUCUAUAUAGGGGUUUACAAAACCCGCUUGACAAUCAAAUACAUUCUGCCAUAGAAGAAUUUAAUGACAAAAUUUCGUUUCUUAAGCGUAUUAAGCAUCAAAACGUUUCAUUUGAGGGUACGUUAGAGGCGUGUUGACUAAAAUAAAGUAAAGCAGUGUACUCCAACUGUUGCUGCAAAGUUAGGUUAUACCAUGCUAACAUUUAUUUUUAUUAUUGCUAAUACAUCUGUGCAACUUAUCAUAAUAUAGCUAGACUUUAAUUUUUAGACCAAAAUUAACUUAUUUAAUUUUUUCUUUAAUUGUGAAAGUUUGAAAUUUCCGCAAACGCCAUUUUGUUUUGCCGUAUAUGUAUGUAAAUAGAUUUUCAGUAGACUGUUAGAACUAAAGAAUUUAGUUUAUAACAUUUUUAAAUUUCGCAAAGUGAGUAAUAAUGCUGCCUUGACGGUCACCGAGCGGUGUGUUGCAUUAUACAUAUAUAUAUAUAUAUAUAUAUAUGAAAAAAGUACUAGAACUGUUUUGUAAUAUAAUAAAAAAGUAAAAUAAAAUAAAGUGACGCGUAUGAAGCGACGACGGCAUGGAUAUGGGCUUAAAUAAAAGAAAAUAAAGUAAAAAAUAAAAAACAAAAACACAAACAAAUUGAAGUUACAUAUAUACAUACAUAGAAUAAUAAUACUUAAUUAUUAGCUGCAUAUAAACAUAGGUACAUAAAUACAUAUGUAAUAAUUAUUAUGAGUAUAUAUAUAUAUAAAUAUUAAUAUAUAUAAAUAAUAUAUAAAAUGGUUUAAAUUUAAUGAUAUAGCCUUUAAGACCGCACAAAACAAAAACAAAUAAACGAAACAAGUUGAGAAUGUUGAUAACAAAACGGUAAAAGAACGGUAUAACAAUAGUUCAAGUGUUUGGGUAAUUGUUGCAGUUAAGACGAGCGCGCAGGAUAGUGUAACUAUGAAUUAUAUAUUAAAUAAAUUGAAAUGCCAAAGCGAAAAGUGUUUGCCGCGUCGGAGACACAUGCAAAUGUAUGCUCAAAUGCACUAACUGAGAUGAGUUAAUUUUUAACAUUAUUGUGUCUUCGCCGCCCCAAUACACUUGCGCAAUGCACUAAAUAACCAUCGAAAUUUGUUGUUGUAUUGCCUUUAGUGGCUGCAAUUAACUGUAUAAAUGUUUGCCAUACGCCAAAGUUCGCAUUUUCAACACAAAGUGCCAAUAGUUUUGCUCAAGCAUUGCAGAUACGCAUGCGUAUUUUGAAUUUAAAUUAAUUUUUUUUUUUGUGAAAUUUUGUUUAGAAAAAGUCACAAAAAUCAUGCAUACAAUAAAUUUUGAUUGUUAUUUAAAGGAAAAAAAUAUUGCAAGCCAUGCUCGCAGCUCAAAACAAGUUGGCCAAAUUUAAUUGUAAAGAAAUAUUAUAUAAAUGCAUAAGCAAUUGUUGUAGCAAACGUACAAACUGGUCCUUUAUUGCCAUAGUUUUUAUUCUAAUGCUUUAAAAUUAAAAAAAAAAAAACCGCAAAGCGUUAAACUGCAGAAAUUUGUUUAUGUACAUACAUACAUAUGUGUGUAUGUUUGUGAACAUUUGCCAUUUUCUACUUUAACGUUUUCUGGUUAUGCAAAUUUGCAAUUUAAUCGUUUAACUAUACACACACCUUAAGCUCCACUUUCAUUGUUAAAAUAUUAUUUGUGUAUAAAUUAUUUAUUUGCAACAAAGCGCAUUGAACAGGUGGCAGCAACAACAAUAUGUUGCAAAAUAAAAAUAAAAUAUUAAUAAUGAAAUAAUAGAAAAUGAAUUUAAAAAAAAAUUGAAUUAAAAAACUAAUAAAAUAAAAGAAUAAAUUAAUAACGUGAAAAUUAAAAAAAUUUCAAAAGUAAAAUAAAAGUAAAACAUAAAAAAAAAUUAAUUAAUUAUUGAAAAUAAAAAAAAAUAUAAUAUUAAAAUAAAAAAAAAUAAACAAUAAUAAUAAAAAAUAAAAUAAAAAUAAAAUACUAAAAAUAAACAAAAAUCGCAACCUUGUGCUGCUGCAUCUUCAAUGUAUCAUGAUUUCCAUACAAUGUAUACCGUUAAAUUCAACUUCCUGUCCGCCAGCGAGCGCCAACACACACGACAUUACCAAGUAGUGACGACAGCAACAACAACACUUUUUAUGCCAUUAUAUUAUGUUUUAGAAAUAUAGUUAAUAAAUAAAAUACAAUUCGCAUUAAGUUGCAUAGUUACAAUCGCACGUAAGUUAAAAUUUUAUACAUACAUACACACACACACACACACUUAGUUAAUUUUUUGUUAUUUUAAUUAUGAUUUAUGCUAAGAAUGUUUUUUGUACUUUUUGAAAGAAUUGCAAAACAAAAAUCGUCUAAAAGUAAAUACUUAAACAAUUAAAAUAAGUUUUAUAAAAUUAAAAAAAAAAAAAACAACAAAAACAUUAUAAAACAUGCAUACAUACAAAUACAGAA